AUGGAAAAGUACGACAUCGUCAUCAUCGGCGCCGGCCCCGUCGGCCUGAUGCUGUCCUGCCAACUGCAGCGCUGGGGCUACAAGAUCAAGCACAUCGACAACCGUCCCGAGCCCACCCCUACUGGCCGCGCCGACGGCAUCCAGCCCCGCUCGCUUGACUUGCUGCGGAACAUGGGCCUGAAGCGGAAGAUCAUGGCCCACGACCCUGCCAAGGUCUACGAGGUCGCCUUCUGGGACCCCUGCAACUCCGGCAUCCACCGCACCGGUACCUGGGCCAGCUGUCCCAAGUUCAUCGACGCCCGCUACCCCUUCACCACCCUGCUGCACCAGGGCCUGAUUGAGCGCGUCUUCAUCGACGACAUCGAGAAGAACGGCGGCACCAUCCAAAGACCCUGGACCAUUACCGGCUUCCAGAACGACGCCAAGGAUGCCGACUAUCCCGUCGAGGUCAGCAUUGCCCACGUCAACGGCCAAGAGAAGGAGACUGUCCGCGCAAAGUAUCUCUUCAGCGGCGAGGGUGCAAGAAGCUUUGUCCGGAACCAGCUGGGCGUGCAAAUCAGACACAAGGACCCCAUCGCUCACGUGUGGGGCGUCAUGGACGGUGUUGUUCAGACCGAUUUCCCUGAUAUCAAGAUGAAAUGCACCAUCCACUCCGACCACGGAUCCAUCAUGGUCAUCCCCCGUGAAGACAACAUGGUCCGCCUGUACAUCCAGAUUGCCUCUUCGACAGACCCCGACUGGAACCCUCGGAAGACGGCUACUGAAGAGGAGGUCCAGAACCAUGCCAAAGCCAUCCUUGCUCCUUACUACAUCAAGUGGGAUCGCGUCGAAUGGUACUCUGUCUACCCCAUCGGCCAGGGCCUGGCUGAUAAAUACACGCUCGACGAGCGUGUCUUCAUGGGCGGCGAUUGCUGCCACACGCACAGCCCCAAGGCUGGCCAGGGAAUGAACACCGCCUUCCUCGACGCUGCCAACCUGGCUUGGAAGAUCCACCAUGUCGAAUCCGGCCUGGCAAAACGCGACAUUCUCAAGACGUACGAGUCGGAACGUCGCCUCAUCGCCGACAACCUCCUCAACUUCGACGCCAAGUACGCCAAACUUUUCUCCGAGCGCCUGCCCUCGGCCGGAGAGGUCGGCGCCGCCAAUCAGCAUGCCAAAGACCAGCCAGUCGAAGAGAACAAUUUCAUCAAGACGUUCAAGGAGAGCUGCGAGUUCACCUCUGGCUACGGCGUGGCCUACAAUCCCAACAUCUUCAACUGGUCCGCUGAGCACCCUACCUCGUCGCGUUCGUCCCUCUUCCUCGAUCAUGCCGCCGGCACCACCAAGCUCCGCACUGGCCGCAUUCUCACGCCCGCCACCGUCACUCGCGUUGUCGACGCCAACGUCGUGCAUCUGGAGCAGGAGAUUCCGCUAAACGGUGCCUACCGUAUCUACGUCUUCGGCGGCGCUCCGCAACGCACGCACCAGGCUCUUGCCGACUUCAACACUGCCCUGCGCCGCAAGGGCAGCUUCCUCUCGGCCUACGCCGUCCCGGACGAGAAGGCCGUGUCGUACCACGAGCGCUACAACCCUCACAGCCCUUUCUUCACCUUCGCCACCGUCUUCGCCGCCAAGCGUACCCAGAUCGAGAUUCUGGAGGACCUGCCCGAAAUUCUGGCUCGCUACCGCGAUCUCGUCUAUGCCGACGAUGUGUGGGACCAGCGCGUGCCCGACGCGAGCGCCGCUGCCCACGCGAAGAUGGGCUUGAGCGAGGAGACGGGCGGCGUUGUCGUCGUGAGGCCAGAUGGAUACGUUGGCUGCGUUGUCAAGCUCGUCGAAGGUAGCGGCACCGUGGAUGCACUGAAUGAGUACUUUUCGACAUUCUUGACAAAAAGCUUAGGCGGCGAGAGGGCGCAGUUGUAG